CGCCAUCACCCUCCCGGCGCCGCGCAGGGAGACGACGUCACCGGGCUGCGCCGCCGCCACUCGGCGCUCGAUUCACCCCGCCUGCCGUAGCCUACGGUGGCGGCGGAGGGCAGCCCCGACGAGACGAGCGCCGUCCACCCGGCCAUGUCGCGGCCUCCGGGGGCGCUGCCCCCUCAGCUGUCGCCGGCGGCGGCGGCGGAGGCGCUGGGGCGCGCGGCGCGGUUCCUGGAGCGCGCGCUGGCGCUGUGCCGCGCGCAGGCGGUGGAGCUGUACACGCGCGGGCUGUGGGACCGGCUGGUGGCGCCACCCCCCGCCGCCGUCCUGCGGGCCCUGCGCGCCGCCGGGCCCCUGGCGCCGCGGCGCUCCCUGGCGGAGGCCGCCGGAGCGGCGGCGUGGGAUGAUGACACAUUUUCCAAUGUGUUUUGUGAAAAUUCUAAGAAGCUUAUUGAUGUACAUUUAUUUGCCCUGGCUGCUCAGUAUUAUUCUGUGUCUAACCUUGGAGUGAGUACCCCAUUAGAAGAAUUACUUGAAGCACUGAGGGGAGACAAUCAAGGAACAACAGGUAUCAAAACUGAUGAGUUUAUGAAUAAUAAGAAAUCACAUGAAGUGCAGGUGAUGUCAGAGCUGGUAGACAACAUAGCAAAGUAUUGUGGUAUAAAGCAGGUGAUUGAUAUAGGUUCUGGAAAAGGCUACCUGAGUUCAUUUUUGUCCAUGCAAUAUAACUUAAAAGUUUAUGGAAUUGACUCCUCAGACACCACCACUAAUGGUGCUCAUGAAAGGAACAGAAAAUUGAAGAAACACUGGAGAGCAUAUCAGAGUCGCGCAAGAGCGAACGUUGAAAGCCAGAGGUUGGAAAAGGCAAAUGACAGGCCAGUGCAAAGUGAAAUUAAUUGUAAAGCAAUCACUGAAAAGCUCUUAAAUAAAACCAGCAGUCUUCAACAUCAGGACCAAGUGACUACCCAAGAUUUAGCUCCUUCUUGUGGUUUCACAGGAAUAGGUACAUCUGAAAGCAGCAAACAAACUGAAGUUGAUUUGGCGUCUCGGACACAGUCUGAUGAGAGCAAACUUUCUGAAGAGGUUCUUGCGAUUCUAAAUGUUCUGCCUGCUGAUGCUGUAGAAGUUUUUUCUUCAUGUCGGUCUGACUGUGGGGAACUCUGUGAAGAGGAGAAGGAGCAAAGAAAAAUGGCAUCUCUCAAGGCUAAAGCUAGUAAAUCGCGUGAAUCAAACUUGUAUUUUCCAUUGACCUCUUGCAUCACUGCAGAAACAGAACUCAGUGACAUCAUAAGAGACCUGGAGGACUGUAUGAUGGUGGGUCUACAUACAUGUGGUGAUCUUGCUGCAAAUACACUACGAAUUUUUACUGCCAAGCCUGAAAUCAAAGCAGUUUGCAGUGUCGGCUGCUGUUACCAUCUGUUGUCAGAACAGUUUGAAAACCAAGAAGAUUCCCCAGAGGAAGUGUGGGGUUUUCCCAUGUGUCAGUACUUGAAGGACAAGGGCUGGUGCUGUGGUCGCAAUGCUAGAAUGUCAGCAUGCUUGGCUUUGGAGCGAGUUGCAGUUGGCCAAAUGCUGCCUACAGAAUCAUUGUUUUAUCGAGCUGUUCUUCAGGUUAUUAUAGAAGAAAUUUAUGGUGUCACCAAAAGUGAUCGACACGUUGGAAAAACUUUCUCCAAAUCAUCCUCCUUCAUAGAUUAUGUCAGAAAGUCUCUGAAAAAGCUGGAACUGGAUGAUUCAAAGUGCAUUGAAUUUGAACUGACUGUAAUAAAAGACAUGUCGACUAGCCAUCUGACAUACCAUCUUUGAGAACUUCUCAGUAACAAUGAGUAAUGGUUUGAGGUCACUUCAUUCCCUUCUUGGCCAUCCUAGGAUGAAGUUGAUAACACAUACCUGAUUUGAAAACCUUAUAUUUGUGAAAAUGUUCUCUAGUUAGUUUCCCUAUUUUAGGCUGAUAUUUUACUUCUUUGCAACUGGAUUAGCCACAUGCUCUCAGAUGACUUUUCUAAUAAAAGUGAGCAAAAACGUAUUAAACACUAAAGCUUCACUGGUCUUUUGUCAUAGAAUCAUAGAAUCAUUUAGGUUGGAAAAGACUUUUACGAUCAAGUCCAACUGUAAACCUAACACUGCCAAGUCCACCACUAAGCCACGUCCCUAAGUGCCACAUCUACACAUCUGUCGGUACCGUUACUUUUCUGCUAAGUUGUGGACUAGCUCUUCCCACAGCCACAGCAGAGUAGCCAUACUGCAGACUCCCAAUACUGAAGUACAUCAGGCUCUUUCAGGUCUGCUCUUUCGAGCAGCCUCCAUCACCAAUAACAUUGCAAACCUACUUCCCACUCCUCUGACAGGUUCCUUGAGUGGCCAGCUCAGCUGUCUUGUUUAGCGUCCGGGGCCGUGGACAGCAGAAGGGUAGAGACAUCAUGACCUUUAAAAAUUGGAAAAUGUUGUGGUCUGGCUGCCGUAUAGAGAACCUAUAGCUACCUGCUGUGGUGCACUGGCCACUGAGAGCUGAAAAGGGAAGGGCUUUUUGGCUCAGUCAAGUUCUUGAGCUGCUUUUGUAUCAAAUUCAGCCCCAAACCACAGCAUUUACAGUCAUAGUGGCAGUGCUGGCAGUGUUGCGUCAGGUGAUUGGGAAAAGGAGAGGGGAACAUAUAGUACUUCAAAGUAAAUAGAGAAAGUUUUAUUUUAAAGACUGGUAACUUGAGGCACAGAGAAGCAAAGUAUUAUUUCCAUAACCUGACAAUAGGUUUUGCACUGUGAAAUACCAUAGAUCCAGGAGCCUGGACUGAAGCAUGUUACUCUCACCCCAGAAUCCACUCCUCAGCUAUUUAAAUAAAUCUCCUGGGGACGGGGGUGUGCAGGGGAUAAGAUAUAUGGGAAUGGAAAUGAGAAUGUUAUCUCCACUUUACUGUGUAAUACUCAUUUAAGAAUGGCUAGAGGUUUCUGAAUAAUGAAUGUGUCUCAGUAUUUCAUGUCAGUGCAAAAUGCUGUCUGAAGAACAGUUAUUGUAAAUGAGAACUGAGAAACAGCUAUUGGAAAAUUAUU